CGUUCCUCGAGUCAGGUCAGGGUGCGACGACGACCCCGCGGUUCCUCGUGGAGCCCAAGGCGCCCCGAGGCCUUCGUCGCGAUCCGUGUGUACGAGAGUGUGUGUGUACUCUUCGAAGCGCCGCCUGCCUGCCACCUCACAGGCCCGCCCCAGGAUAUGCUCUGAGUCAGCACCGCGCCCGCCGCCACCAUGCUGGCCGAGACGCAGCACCGCGGCCCGCCGCCGCCCGCCUUCGUGCUGGACCACCACCGCAUGCUGGACAUGCCGCGCUCGCCCAGGUCGCCGCGGGCGUCGCGUGCUGCGCGUCCGGGGCUGACCCCCGCGGACGGCCGCAAGGCCAUGGCGGCCAACGGCGGCAACGGCCGCCCGUCCACCAUGUCCUCGGCCUUCUCGGGCUUCUCGGGCGGGGCGGCGUCGCGGUCCGGCUCCAGCCUGGCGCGGCCCGUGUUCGACUUCGUGCGCACGGGCGGCGGCCGGCCGCUGUCCCUGCCGUACUCCAUGGACGUCCGGCCGUCGCCGCCGCCCUCGCUGCUGGACUCGCUCAGCCUGACGGAGGAGCAUGACCAGGAGCACUCGCCCGCCGCCUCCCUGCUGGACUCGCCGCGGCUCACGCCGGUGUCCUCCCUGAUGGACACGUCGAGCCUGGCGCGGCUCAACAGGCUGCGACCCCUCGGGGCGCUCGGCCUCGGGCCGCAGCCCCAGCUCGACUCUUACCAGGCCCUGCCCGCCAUCAAGCGCGGCGUCCUCUGGCAGCAGCGCGAGCGCCUGUGGAGCCGCUGGAAGGAGCGCUACUUCGUGCUGACGAGUGACUACCUGCACUGCUUCAAGCGGCGCGCCGCGGGGGACGGCCUGUCGCAGAUGGGCCACUUCAUCUUCAAGAUCCGCCUGGUGGACCUGGACGCCCCCGAGUGGGUGAACCGGCGCAGCUACAGUGUGGUGGCGCUCAGCACCCGGGACCGGCCGCGCGUGCUGCUGCGGGCCGCGCACGGCCUGGAGGACUGGUUCGAGCUGCUGGAGGAAUGCACCCUGACCAGCAAGGAACGCCGGCGCGCCCUGUACGAGAGCAGGCACCCCAUGCCGUGCGAGUGGGCGGGCUCGCUGCAUCGCGAGGGGUCCCUGUCCAUGUCGCCGGGCGUGGAGGUGCUGCUGCGACGGCGCCUGGAGGAGCAGGAGCGCGACAGGAACCGUGAGCAGCAGGAGCGGGACCAGGAGCGGGACCAGGAGCGGGGCCGGGAGGACUUCUGGACUUCCUUCCAGCGUAGACCUCAACGUAAGCGACAGUGCAAGAGGCCCAGCAGCGACGCCAUGAGCUGGAGGUCGAGGGACUACCGCCACACCCAGGUGUAGCCAGGCUCUCCUCCGCGGCGCCCUCAAGACGGUUCCAAGCUAACGUUCUGUGUUAAAUUAAUAUUUUGUACUGUGUACAUGUCUGUAAUUACGAUAAUAGAGCUACGAAUUAGAUUAAUAAUGGGCAGAGACGUGUUGGUGAUGCCUGUUCGACUGUAAUUGUGAUAAACUAGCAACAUUACCAAAUGCACAUCUUGUCAUUCAAACAGUGAACAAAGUGCGCCUAAGCAUGCAUUUCAUGAAUGUAAAAUGCUAAACUGUGUAAAAUA